AUGGUUAUUGGUGCCAGUUCGGCUGGUCUGAGUAUUUCAGAAAAUGCUGAUCUACUGGGAUAUUCAGGGACAACCACUUCUAGAGUUUACAGAGAAUGGUCCAAAAAAGAGAAUAUAUCCAGUGAGCUGCAGCGGUGUGGAAGGAACUGCUUUGUUGAUGUCAGAGCUCAAACCAGAGAUGUUCCUGACCAGAUCCCUUUGACUGUGAUUAAACGUGGUGAUAAUGUGACUCUGACAUGUCCAGUCAUUGAUGAUAAAGCCGGGUUGUUUUACUGGUAUAAACUGAAGUUUGGAUAUAUGGUCCAAACAGUUGCAGCAGGAACUUUUAAGAAGUUAAAACUUGAAGGACAAUUUGACAAAUCAAGAUUUACAAUCACAAGAGGGAACGCUCAGUAUUUUCUUCACAUCACAAAUGUAACCAAAGAAGACGAAGCAACAUACUUCUGUCAAGAAGGAGCGUCAGACAAAAUGAAAAAUUUUAAUGGCGUAUUGUUGGCUGUAAAUGAUCAUAAAAUUCAGCAGAAAUCUGUCUACAUGAGACUAAGUCCGGACACUCAAGCAGUCCAUCUUGGCGACUCAGUGACUCUAAACUGUUCACUUCUCUUCAAGAACAAUACAAGCAGAGUCCAGUUUCCAGGGGAACACUUUGUGUACUGGUUCAGAGCUGGAUCAGAAGAAUCUUAUUCAAGUGUUAUUUACACUCAGAGUCGAGCUGACAAAGAUUUGAACGGGAGGUGUGACUACAGUCUGUCCACAACUAUCCAGAACUCCUCUGAUGCUGGGACGUACUACUGUCCUGUGAUCGCAUGUGGAGAAAUCCUGUUUGGUGAAGGAACUAAAGUGGAGACUAGACAAGAACUGUGCCCAUUCAUCAUUGUGCUUGGGACACUGCUGGCCGGCUGUGUGAUUGUGAUUGUCGUGCUAAUUAUCUUGAGAAAUCACAAGCCUGUUUGUGAAUAUUGCAAAGGAGGAGUAACUGCUUCUAAGCAUGUUGAGCAUGACAGGUCAGAUGAGAAUCAACCAAGUGAUAUGGAUGAUGAAGAGCUGACACUGAACUAUGUGGCGCUGAAUUUUCCCUCAAGACAAACUCAAAGAUGGACAAGUAAGAUGGAGUUACCACAGGACUGUAUAUACUCUGGCAUUAGAGUCAAUCAGUGA